ACUGAUGCCUCGUUGGGAUAAAUAUCCAACAGCGCUGCGCUGCUCCUCAUUCACUUCACGGAGACCAGACGACAGCCGGCGGCCGCAGCACCAUGGCUCCAUCGCUUCUGGCAGCAGCAGGAGGGCUCCUCUUACUUUGUUCCUUCACAUCCGCGCAAAGCAGAGGAGACAGCACCACUUCAUGCACCUUAAACGACGGCUUCGGAAAGUAUUGUCCCACGACGUGCGGAGUGGCUGAUUACAUGCUGAGGUACACGCCCUCAGUCACUAAGGAGCUGGACUAUUUGAUAAAGGAGCUGGAAUCUGUUGCCAAUUUGACCCAGGGGACCGAGAACACGGUGGUGGUUAUGAAGGACUCUGCGGUUUCCCAUCAGAAGAGCGCCCUGCAAGAAUCGUUCUACAAAAAGUCGUCGAGCGUAUUGGACGAGUUCCGCCAGUACGAGAACACCAUCUUUGCGCAGGGAGAGCAAAUAUUUGAACUGGAGAACAUCAUCAGCGAGAACGAGCGGCGGAUGGCCGACCUGAAGCAGCUCUCGCUUCAGCUGCAGCAGAAGUGCAGCGAGCCAUGCAAAGACGCGGUGGAGAUCCAGCCCCUGACGGGAGCAGACUGCCAGGAUGUUGCCAACAAAGGAGCCACAACCAGCGGCCUGUACUACAUCAAGCCAGCCAAAGCCAAAGAGCAGUUCCUGGUCUACUGUGAGAUCGACAGCUUUGGACGUGGCUUCACAGUAAUUCAGAGGAGACGUGAUGGAAGUGUGAAGUUCGACAAGGACUGGAUCCAGUACAAGGAGGGCUUCGGGUACCUCUCCCCAGACGACACCACAGAGUUCUGGCUUGGCUUGGAGAAGAUCCACGCGCUGACCAUCAGCUCCAACAUCCCCACUGUUCUGAGGAUCGAGCUGGUUGACUGGGAGGGAAACAAAAAAUAUGCAGACUACAACAUGUUCAGGGUGGGACCCGAGGCCGACAUGUACCGCCUGACUUACGGCUUCUACUUCGGCGGCGACGCCGGCGACGCGUUCGACGGCUUCGACUUCGGCGACGACCCCAGCGACAAGUUCUUCACGUCGCACAACGGCAUGCAGUUCAGCACCUACGACAAGGACAACGACAAGUACGACGGCAACUGCGCCCAGCAGGACGGCUCGGGCUGGUGGAUGAACCGGUGUCACGCCGGACACCUGAACGGCAGAUACUACCAGGGUGGCAAGUACACGGAGAAGGACGCGGGUGAGUAUGGCUUCGACAACGGCAUCAUCUGGGUCACGUGGCACAACCGCUGGUACUCCCUGAAGGAGACCACCAUGAAGCUCAUUCCCCUGAGCCGCCUCACAGCGAGCAGCGGACAGCAGGCCGGCACCAAAGAGUUUGGUGGACUGGGAGUGUAGGAAGCGUCGCGGGAAGCGCCCGUGACCCGCUCCGUCCCUUUAAAAACAUUAGAGCCAAUCAAAUCCCUCCAGGUGUCUAUUGGACAUUCUUUGGACUCAAACGCUGCAAUCCACAGUCAUUGCAUCUAAAACGAUUCUGCUAAACCCUCAAUGGUUCGGCCGUAUUUAACCAAGGUACCAGAAAUACUGCAUAAACCUGCUUGUAAUGCAACAGCUGUGAAAUAAACUUCACUUUAACAGUAA